CCCAAUGAAUACACUCUAACAGAUCAAUGUGUUACGUUAAUCUUCUGAAAACUAUACAUUAUUAAAUCGGAACAGGACAGAAGGCACGUGAACUGCAGAUUGCACCUAUAAAGCUGGUGUGGUUGGCCCGUGACUGCCAUGUCGAGGCGGAGCAGGAACAGUAGGGCGUGGCGUUACGUGUGGAGCGGGAUCCGACGGGACGCAGACGCGAGAGCGCUAGUGCUCGCCUCCGAAAGUGAGGAGUGGGGAUACGAACGGCAGCAGUACAGUGACUCUGACUCAGAAGCGGAGUACCCCACUCUGAUCCAACCUGUGCCCAGCGCUGUGCCCGUCACGGGAGAGUCCUACUGCGGCUGCCACUCGCAGAUGGAGCUCAGCUGCAACCCGCGUCUGCGCAGUUAUACACGCCUGCGAGACUGUCACUGUGGCGAGGACGACCAGGAUUUUGAUUGGGUGUGGGAUGAGGAUAGCCGGUCCUCUGCCACCCUGCUGAGCUGUGAGAACAGGAAGGUGAGUUUCCAUUCGGAGUACAGCUGCGGCACUGCGGCCAUCCGCGGCUCCAAGGAGCUGUCAGACGGACAGCACUUCUGGGAAAUCAAGAUGACAUCACCUGUCUACGGCACAGAUAUGAUGGUUGGUAUUGGGACAUCUGAUGUGAAUCUGGACAAAUAUCGACACACAUUCUGCAGCCUGCUGGGGAAAGAUGAGGACAGCUGGGGUCUGUCUUAUACAGGUCUGUUACAUCAUAAAGGGGAUAAGGUGCGUUUUUCAUCGCGGUUUGGUCAAGGUUCCAUCAUCGGCGUUCACUUAGACACCUGGCACGGAACACUCACCUUCUUCAAGAACCGAAAGUGUAUUGGUGUUGCCGCCACCGAGUUGAAAAACAAGCGUGUGUAUCCCAUGGCGUGCUCCACCGCCGCCAAGAGCAGCAUGAAGGUGAUCCGCUCAGUCUCCGCCCCCACCUCCCUCCAGUACCUCUGCUGUUCCCGCCUCCGCAAGCUCCUCCCCUCCGGAGCCGACGCCCUCGGGGUCCUGCCCCUCCCUCCGGGCCUCAGGCACCUCCUCCACUCAAAGCUGGGCUGGGUGCUGAGCCUGGACCACGCGCACUCACACACAGACUCACACACACACACGGCGCCUGGACCCUCGUCUUCAGGCAGCGAUUCUGAAGGCUGUUCCUCUGACCCCGAAGCCUGUCAGAGAAAACGCUGCCGCUGGACCUGAGACACACAGACACGCACACACACACACACACACACAUGCACACACAUGCACACACACACACGUACACACUCGCGCAAUGUAUGAAGUCAAAUGUGGGGAUCACUUUUCACAAAGCAGGAUUACUGAGUUAGAGUCAUGGAGCUACCAGUUGUUUUGUCGUCUGUGAACUCAGCUGUAAUCCUCAUUCACUUGUAUAGAGACCAGACUCAUGCUUAAGGAUCUGUCAUAAUGCUUUAUGAGCUUAGUACAGUGAAACAGAAAAACUGGACAGUAUUUAUGAAAAAAAAAAAAACAAACAAACAAAAAAAACAAUUUUUGUUAUCCAGUGAACAAACUCUGCAGUUCUGUUUUGUGAAGUGUUCCGUGGGUCUUUCUAGGUUGUAAACACACACACGCUGACGUACCAGACCUUUUUUCACACGCACAAACCAAUGACUGGAUGCAAGAGACUUAAAUUCUGAGUGUUGGCCUGUGUGUACAUCUCUCUGCAGCGUGUGUGUGUGUGUGUGUGUGUGUGUGUGCGCGCGCGACCAUCCAUGAGUGUGUGUGUGUGUGUGUGU